AAGGAAAAAAAGAGAUCGAGACAGCGAGGGCAAGAGAAAGAUGUCACUGUCUCCAAGCUCCCUGUCAUUUUUAUUUCCAGCAGGCACCGGGCGCAGGAGCUGCUAGAACAAUGCUGAGGCAGGCGAGGUGAGCAGCAGCCCAGCCAGCGUGGCCCCGACGGAGCGUCUCGAACAGGUGAUCGGAGAAGCUGAGAACCCGAGGCCACCUGGGCCUCCCUCCCCUCGCCUCUGCCAGCCCGGCGGCGCCCCAGAGACGGCGGGGAACCAUGGCGACCAAUUUCAGCGACAUAGUCAAGCAAGGCUAUGUGAAGAUGAAGAGCAGGAAGCUGGGGAUCUACAGGCGGUGCUGGCUGGUGUUCCGGAAGUCCUCCAGCAAGGGGCCCCAGCGGCUGGAGAAGUAUCCGGAUGAGAAGUCAGUGUGCCUCCGGGGCUGCCCCAAGGUGACCGAGAUCAGCAAUGUCAAGUGUGUCACGCGGCUCCCCAAGGAGACCAAGCGGCAGGCAGUGGCCAUCAUCUUCACCGAUGACUCGGCACGCACCUUCACUUGUGACUCAGAGCUGGAGGCGGAGGAGUGGUACAAGACACUAUCUGUGGAGUGUCUAGGGUCACGGCUCAAUGACAUUAGUUUGGGGGAGCCUGACCUCUUGGCCCCAGGGGUGCAAUGUGAACAGACAGAUCGCUUUAGCGUCUUCCUGUUGCCCUGCCCCAACCUGGACGUGUAUGGCGAGUGCAAGCUGCAGAUCACCCAUGAAAACAUCUACCUCUGGGACAUACACAACCCCCGCGUGAAACUUGUGUCAUGGCCCCUCUGCUCGCUGCGCCGCUAUGGCCGGGACGCCACACGCUUUACCUUCGAGGCUGGCCGGAUGUGUGAUGCUGGGGAAGGGCUCUACACCUUCCAGACGCAAGAGGGGGAACAGAUUUACCAGCGGGUCCACAGUGCCACCCUGGCCAUCGCCGAGCAGCACAAGCGAGUCCUGCUUGAAAUGGAGAAGAACGUGAGGCUGCUGAACAAGGGCACAGAACAUUACUCGUAUCCCUGCACACCCACUACCAUGCUGCCCCGCAGCGCCUACUGGCACCACAUCACAGGCUCCCAGAACAUCGCUGAGGCCUCCAGUUAUGCAGGUGAGGGAUAUGGGGCAGCCCAGGCCAGCUCAGAAACAGACCUCCUCAACAAAUUCAUCCUGUUAAAGCCAAAGCCUAACCAGGGGGACAGCUGUGAGGCCAAGACCCCAUCCCAGUGA